AUUUUUUGGAGACAAUUAAUAUACUACCAAAAGGAAAAAAUUGGUCUAAUUUGAACAAGAUAAAUAGUAAUAGAACUACUGUUAAUUUCAGUUUAAUUUUGCAUGUGAAACUCCAGCCUCCGACUACAAACAUAGCGCCAACAUCAGUCGCCCCCAAACUUUUGCCCCGAACGGACGCUUUAGCCGCAACCCUGGCGCGAUAUUCCGAUUCCACCACUAUGGUCGUCGCUGAAACAUCAGCGAACGAAGAAGUGGACUCCGAGUCCAAGACAUGCGGAAAGAUUCUCGUGGUGUUAUCAUGGAUCCUGGUGAUUGUGACAAUGCCAUUUUCUCUCUUCAUCUGUUUCAAGGUCGUGCAAGAGUACGAGAGGGCAGUGAUCUUUCGACUCGGAAGACUUCUUUCGGGCGGGGCGAAAGGGCCUGGAAUAUUCUUCAUACUGCCGUGCAUUGAUACGUACGCACGCGUGGACCUCCGCACGCGUACUUACGACGUCCCGCCACAAGAGGUCCUCACUAAGGAUUCUGUAACUGUCUCCGUGGAUGCCGUAGUCUACUAUCGAGUCCACAACGCCACUAUAUCAAUAGCUAACGUGGAGAAUGCCCAUCAUUCUACUAGACUUCUUGCUCAGACCACAUUGCGUAAUACUAUGGGAACUAGACCGCUACAUGAAAUACUGAGCGAACGGGAAACCAUCUCCGGAAAUAUGCAACUGUCUUUGGAUGAAGCUACCGAAGCCUGGGGUAUCAAGGUUGAGCGUGUGGAAAUCAAAGACGUCCGCCUACCUGUUCAACUGCAGCGUGCUAUGGCUGCCGAGGCUGAGGCAGCUAGGGAGGCUCGAGCCAAAGUUAUCGCCGCUGAAGGGGAACAGAAAGCCUCAAGGGCUCUACGUGAAGCAUCUGAAGUGAUCGGAGACAGCCCUGCUGCACUGCAAUUGCGUUAUUUGCAAACAUUGAAUACUAUAUCGGCUGAGAAGAAUUCGACCAUUGUGUUCCCACUUCCAAUUGAUUUACUAACCUACUUUUUGAAGGCUAAAGAAGAGGUUUAAAGAAGAGGUUCAAGCGUAAAAUGUCAACAAUAUUAAAUAUAUACCGGAACUCACAACGGACUCCACAAAACGCCCAACGGAUACAGUUUAUUGCCCAUGUUUCGAAUUCUCAAUGUACCUUUAUUGAUGUACUUACGAUUUUAUAAUAUAUAUUUAUCAUAGAAAAGCCAUAAAUGUGUAAAAUAUCAAAAAUAUUAAAUAUAUACUGGAACUCACAAUGGACUUCACAAAACGCCCAACGGACCCAGUUCAUUGCCCGUGUUUCGAAUUCUCAAUGUACCUUUACUGAUGUACCUACGAUGUUAUAAUAUAUAUUUAUCAUAGAUAAACCGUAAAUGUGUCUGUCCGUUCGUAUUACUUAUAAUCAUAUCAUAGAUAAUCCAUAAAUGUGUACCUAUUCGUGUUAAUGAAGAUAAUAUUGCCAUAUCUAAAAUAUUAAUGUUAAUUAUGGAUAUUUAAAAAUAAAUAUAGUCGUAAUUCGUUUAAUGGAA